GAAUUUUAGUAAAUACGACUACAAGAUAACUAGACUGUAGAUCUAGUUAGAUUAAUUAUUACCUCAGUAUAGCUCACUCUCGGCACUUUUAAAAUCCAGAAUUCGACACUGUUGCUCAACUUGCUUUUAUUUUUAUUUUUAAAUCUAGAUCUAGAUCUAGAAUAUUUCAAUUUCUGAAUUUCAAAUCUAGAAUUUGUCGUAUUUGACAAUCAAUCAAAAUAUCUUUUUAUUAAGAUCUAGAUCUAGAUCAGUAAAUCUAAAAGGCAAAGCUGUGACUGUUGACAACAUGGCACUGCCACCCGUAUUUUCUGAAAGUGGAGAGAGGCAGACAGGUGGCUACUUCCGUCUUAUUUUACCAGCUGGAUGUGACCCAAAAUUUUUAUGUAAACACUGUGGUCUAAUCUUAAGAGACCCAAUACAAAGUCAGUGUGGGCAUAGAUUUUGUCGCAGUUGCAGAGAUGAAAUACUUAUUACCAAUGCUAUUGUUGACUGCCCUGCAUGUCUAGAGGAACAAGUAGAUGAACAUGAAAUGGGACAGCUUUCUAUGAAUGAAAUGUUUCCUGAUAAUGCAGUGAAGAGAGAAAUGUCUAACAUGCAAGUGUGUUGUGUUUUUCCUGGCUGCAACUGGAAAGGAAGAUUCAAAGACUAUGAAUCCCAUGAAAGGAACUGUCAGUUCAAACAGCUGGCGUGUGCCUUGUGUAGCCAGCCAGUGACAGAUGGACAGCUUGAGGAGCAUCGACUGCACUCUUGUCUACAGCGGGAUGUGGCCUGUGAUUACUGCAACACUCAUUUGGUCUACUCCAGAUUACAGAGCCAUCUUGAAACUUGUAGUCAAGUUUUAAUGACAUGUGACAAGUGUGGGCGUUCUGGUAUCAGGAGAGAACUGCUGAGCUCUCACCUAGAAGAAAGUUGUCCUAAGAGGAUUGUGUCAUGUCCUGUAGGUUGUGUUGAUAAGUUCCAACAAGACAAGUUCAGCGCACAUUUGAGUGAGCUUCUGGCUGAACAUUUGGAGUGGACUGUGACCAAGUUGGUGGGGCUAGAGAACAAGGUGGAGCAGACCUUGGGGGCUGGGACCAUCAUCCCCCAGUCACAGCUCACCCCCAUCAUGGAGGACAUCAAAAACCUGGAGAAGAAGGUUCAAAAUUUUGAAAGACAAAUUCAGCAACUGAUUCAGUCUAAAUCAUCAGCCGUAGGAGGAGCAGCUGGGGACAACAGUAUGUCAGCAGAGGUGGCAGCCAAAGCGAGUCUGAAACUUGUGGAACCAAUACUUGGUGUUAUACAUAAUGAAGUGGACACGGCCAUACAUGCUCUACAGACUCUAGAGGGACACUACAGGCAACAACAGGCACAAUUGGAUGAAAUAGAAAACCAGUUUAGAAUACAACAGCAACAAAUCCAGUUGAAGGAUGCAGCAUUUGCUGACCUUGAGAUGAGACUUGCCGCCCAGGAAAUGGCUCGACAUGAUGGGACUAUUUUGUGGAAAGUUUCUGGCUUUGAAGCAAAAAAACGUGAUGCAAUCAGUGGCCAGACAACUAGUUUAUAUUCACCAGCCUUUUACUCUGGUCCUUGUGGCUACAAAAUGUGUGCUAGGAUAUAUCCCAAUGGUGAUGGCAUUGGUAAAAAUUCACACAUUUCACUUUUUUUUGUCAUAAUGCGGGGACAUUUUGAUGCUUUAUUGCCAUGGCCUUUUUCACAGAAGGUGACUCUGAUGAUGAUUGAUCAGAAUCACAAAGAGCACAUUGUUGAUGCAUUUAAACCUGAUCCUUCCAGCUCAUCUUUUAAGCGCCCCACAACAGAGAUGAACAUCGCCAGUGGGUGCCCACUCUUCCUACCUUUAGAGAAGCUCCAGAGUCGACAACAUGGCUACCUGCGUGAUGACACCAUCUUUGUCAAGAUCAUUGUUGACACUGAUGGCUUAGACAGGUACACAGAAAUGAAUCCUGGAAGAUUUGCAACAGGUUACCCAUAAUCCUAAGCUUUUCCCUCUGACCUUGAGAUGCUCGAAUUGAACUUGUUUUGGUAUUGUAACUUUAUUGAACACUUUAGAUGAGCAGGACUUGAAUCAAUUGUAACUUUAUUGAACACUUUAGAUGAUAGGGACUAAGCACCACCUAAACACCAGUUACAUUGUUGUUUUGUUUGUUAGUGAACCAGCAGCAGUCUCCUGCACUGAGCUGAUGCUAUGUAUAGACACCUUUAUUUGUUUUGUUAUUUUUUUUAUCUUUGCAAGUGAUAUCCAAUUUUCAACUCAACUAUUUCAGUACUUAAUUUACAAUUUAGUUUCUGAUGAUACUAAAACAUUUGCCUAUUUUUCUUAAGUUCCAGUGACUGAUUAACUUUAAUAAAUAUUUUAAAACCUAUUUGUUAAUUUAAAUAAAUACUUUAAAACCUAUUUGUUAAAUAAAUACUUUAAAACUUAUUUGUUAAAUAAAUCCUUUAAAACCUAUUUGUUAAAUAAAUCCUUUAAAACCUAUUUGUUAAAUAAAUACUUUAAAACCUAUUUGUUAAAUAAAUAUUUUAAAACCUAUUUGUUAAAUAAAUCCUUUAAAACCUAUUUGUUAAAUAAAUACUUUAAAACCUAUUUGUUAAAUAAAUACUUUAAAACCUAUUUGAGUGUUGACAGGUCACAGGGAAAAGCAUUGCAGUAGUUAAUGCCAUAGUUUUGGACAUGAAUAUUUGUAUCUGUUUAAACAAAGUAGAUAAACAAGCUAUCAGAUUUUUGUAUGUAUAAAAAUGAUUCCGAUUGCAAUAACACUACCUUUGUCUGAGUUGAAAGCAAGUUUGUUGAUUCAUCAAACUUAAUGUGGGGUUUGUUAAAGAACAAAAUCAAGUUUUUUAAGGCAAAGUAAUUUGUACUAGUUUAUUGAUAUGUUCAUGUUAUUAUUUAUUUGCUGGCUUAAUGAUUUCAACUAUGUAAUAUAAAAACUGAUGCAUGUAAUGUUCAACCAAUGAUGUUUUGUUAUUUGCUUUCUAUCAUGGCUCAUGGUUGCAAUAAAAACUCAAGUGAAUGAAAUAAAGUGUGAUUUACAUUCUAACUCAGAUAGAGGACUCUUGAUUUGUCCAGUUGUUCAUUUUUUUCCCAAUCUCUUUUUUGAUACUUUAAAAUAUAGUGGAAAAUAUGUUUGAUAGUUUUAUCCUUUGAUACUUGUACAUUACAUGUAGUGGAAACUAUCAAUUUGUUUAACAUAGUUUUUAUCCUUUGAUACUUGAAUUACAUUAAUAUGUAGUGGUAUUUAUGUUUAAAGUUAUUUUAACUUUAUUUGAUAGGUUUUAUCUUACACUUUAUGAUUGAUAUAUUAUAAUAAUUAUUUCCUGGGUGAAUGAACCUUUGUAAUUGAAAUGGUAUACAAGAAUUUUAUAAAUAAUUUCUUGACAUAUUUUGGGAUCCAUCAUACUCAUAUCAAAGUACUUGUUUGUACUUAAUAGAUUUUAGACUUGUUUUUUUAAAUUUUGUUUUAGUUCAUAAUGUCUGUAUACACUGUGUUAUCCACAGAGAUUUUUAUUAUUUAAAGUGCUGAGUUGUAUUGUACUUUUGCUUAACUGUGGUACUAUACUACAUGCACUCUAUGCUUUUGUUUAGUUUAUACAUAAAAAGGGUAGCAGCAGUGAGCUUUAUGCAAUUAGUAAUAUAUAGGGUGGUGUCAGUAUCCUCACAAAUUCAAGACAAUAAUAGGUACAUUGGACAUUCAGACCCAAGGUCUCCAUUGGCACACAAUAGUGUGGUUAGAUACUAGACAAACAAGAUAAACAGUAACACAAUUAUGGACUUAGCUUGACAGUGGAAACAUCUUGUCUAAUUGCCCUGAUAUCUAAAUUUAGACAAUAUGUGACUAAAAUUGGUGAGGAUACUAACACUACCCAUUUUAUUACUUUUGUUUAGAAUAUUACAUGCAGUCUAUGCUAUAGAACAGUGGUCCUUAACCUUUUAGGGGUACCAUAUUCACCAAACCCUUCUUAAUAGUUCUAUCAUCUUCACUGACAAAAUCUGAUCCUGAAUCAUAUGAGUUGGGUGUGUGUUGACCUCAGCUGAACCCCUGAGGCUGACUCUCACUGAACCACUCGGGUUUGAUUGAACCCAGGUUAAGAACCGCUGCUUUAGAAUUAUACUACAUGCAGUUUUGUAGUAUACUAGAAACAGUCAUAGAUUGUUAUAAACUACAUAGUCCCAUGUAGGUAGCCUUUGAACCACUAUGUCUGUAGAGAAGUAGAAAUACCAAGUGAUCCCAGCAACAAUUUUCUAUUUUUAAAUGUAAUGUUCUUAUUGCUAUUGCACUGUUAGAUAGAAGUUAGGAUAUGUUGUUUAUCUCAUAAUGGUGUAUGUCAUGUGUAUCUCACACAAAUCAAUGUAAUAUAGCCUGGAUAACAUAUGCCCAUUCACAUGUGUAUCCAUGUAAUACCAAUUUGAUAUCAGUUGUAUGCAAAGCUUUUUUAAUUUAAUGCUAGAUGUUUUUAAAUAAAGAUAUUUUCUGUCAA